GUACUAGCAGGUUCCCGGUCUAUGGAGUCAGUUGGUUCCGGUGGUGGCGCGGAGGCAGGAGACGGUGUCCGUGUAGGGGCCUUUGCCCCGCCAGGAUGUUACCGGGCCUGGCCGCCGCCGCUGCGACCCACAGAUGUGGCUGGUCCUCCCUGUGCCGGCUGCGUCUGCGCCGCGGGGCGGCGGUCCGCGGCUCCAGCGAGCUCCAGGAAUGGCAGAAUUUAGUGACAUUUGGAAGCUUUUCAAACUUGGUUCCCUGUUGUCACUCAUACUUUUGUACACUGAGUCAAGUAAAGCUGUACUCUACAAAUGUUCAGAAAGAGGGGCAGGGAUCAAAAACUCUCAGAGUGGAAAAAAUACCAUCAUUUGAUGAAGCAGCAGAAAAUAUGGGUGCAGAAGUCAAAGCUCCACUUAAUAAGCAAGAACCUCUCCAAGUAAGAGUCAAAGCAGUCCUUAAGAAGAGGGAGUAUGGACCAAAGUACACUCAAAAUAAUUUCAUCACUGGAGUCAGAGCAAUAAAUGAGUUCUGCCUUAAAUCCAGUGAUCUGGAACAACUUCGAAAAAUCAGACAACGAAGUCCCCAUGAAGAUACUGAGUCCUUUACUGUAUACUUAAGAUCAGAUGUGGAGGCAAAAUCUUUGGAAGUUUGGGGAAGCCCUGAAGCUCUUGCCAGAGAGAGAAAACUGCGUAAGGAAGCAGAAAUAGAAUACAGAGAAAGGCUAUUUAGAAACCAAAAAAUAUUAAGAGAAUAUAGAGACUUCCUGGGAAACACCAAGCCACGUUCCAGAAUGAGAUCAGUUUUUUUUAAGGGGCCAGGAAAAGUGGUGAUGGUUGCUAUUUGCAUCAAUGGAUUAAAUUGCUUCUUUAAAUUUCUUGCUUGGAUUUAUACGGGUUCAGCAAGUAUGUUCUCCGAAGCUAUACACUCUCUCUCUGAUACUUGUAAUCAGGGUUUACUAGCAUUGGGCAUCAGUAAGUCUAUUCAGACACCAGAUCCUACUCAUCCGUAUGGCUUUUCAAAUAUGCGCUAUAUUGCGUCACUGAUUAGUGGUGUUGGUAUUUUCAUGAUGGGGGCAGGAUUGUCUUGGUACCAUGGAAUUAUGGGCCUGCUUAAUCCUCAGCCAAUGGAAUCCCUGCUCUGGGCAUAUUGUAUUUUAGCAGGAUCAUUGGUAUCUGAAGGAGCAACACUUCUUGUUGCUGUAAAUGAACUUCGUAGGAGUGCUCAGGCCAAAGGAAUGUCAUUUUACAAGUAUGUAAUGGAAAGUCGUGAUCCUAGUACAAAUGUUAUAUUAUUGGAAGAUACUGCAGCAGUUUUGGGAGUGACAAUAGCAGCCACUUGUAUGGGCCUGACUUCUAUAACAGGCAACCCACUGUAUGACAGCCUAGGUUCUUUGGGUGUGGGCACCCUGUUAGGUGUGGUCUCAGCAUUUCUCAUCUACACUAACACAGAAGCACUGCUAGGGCGAUCCAUCCAGCCUGAACAAGUACAGCGGCUUACUGAACUCCUGGAGAACGACCCAUCAGUAAGGGCAAUUCAUGAUGUUAAAGCCACAGAUUUGGGACUAGGUAAAGUUAGAUUUAAGGCAGAAGUAGAUUUUGAUGGACGAGUUGUUACAAGAUCGUAUUUGGAAAAACAAGAUUUUGACCAAAUGCUACAGGAAAUUCAAGAAGUGAAAACUCCUGAAGACCUAGAGACCUUUAUGCUUAAACAUGGAGAAAAUAUUAUUGAUACUUUAGGAGCUGAAGUAGAUAGACUUGAGAAGGAACUAAAAAAACGAAAUCCUGAAGUUCGACAUGUUGAUUUGGAGAUACUAUAGAUUUGAUGGAUGGAAUGAAUCGCUUUGGAGGGAACUUUGGAAACCAGUUGGUUGAGCCUUCUCUCCCGCACUGAAGGAGUCAACGCCAUUCAGAAGCCACUUUUUUUUUAAAGAUGAAGGAAAUAUUUUAUGUAAAGGGCAAUUCAGCAGUCCACAGAACUAAAACUACUUCUUACUUCUAAGAGACACAUUAUAAGUUGCAUCAGUUUGGAAAUCAUGUUUUUAUGUUUUAGUAGGAAACAUUUUAGUUAACUUAAAUUGAUCAUAAUUCCUCAUUUUGGCCUGUCAGAGUAUACUGUACCUUACAAUCAUGUUUCCUUUCUUCACAUUGGUAAAAUAAGCGACAUCCAUAAAGUUAUUAAUUAUGUUUCCACUGAAGACUUCACUCCAUCAAAACCUGCCAAUCUUGAACAUACUGGCUAAAUCUUGGUUUGUGGUUUUUAAAUAGUCACUCCGUUUCAUUCUGUCUUUCUAUAUACCUUGUAAUUUGGCCCUGCGCACUAAGAGGAACACUCUCCUAACCUGGUUAUCCAUAAACGUUCAUUCCAGAAUUGGCUUAGUUACUGAAUUGAAGGAAGGCAUUUCAAUACAGCCUUUGAGGUCAUAGUAGUUGCCAUUUAGUAAAAUUUCUUCUCUCUCUUUUGCUUUUUUUCUUAUUUGGUUUAAUUUUUCUGAUGGUAAAAGAUAUAAAAUAACCCUAGAUGUUUCCAUGGGCCAGUGUAAUGGCUGGUUUUUUGUCUUCUGUUUUUUAACUGGCUUCAGUGCCAUCAUGUGUAUUUACUAGGACAUAAUGCAUUUAUAAGUAUUUACAUUCUGUAAAGUGGGCUAGAAAUAUUUAUAAUUUUAUAGACAGGGUAUCAUUCUAUUUUUAAUUUAUUUAAAAGAGGCACUACUUAUGUAAAUCUGAACUGUGGGAUAUUUUUUUGCUUUAAGAGAAAGGGAGAGAAGUAAAUCUCUUAUGCAGAAACUUGUGGCCAUGAUUUUUUAUAAUAUAGUCAGUAGUGUGUCUGUAACGUGAGUUUCUCACAGUUACAAAUGGGCAUUUAGCAUAAUAUAUGGCUAUAACAUUAGGUAAGUAGCUUUCUAAUGAUCAUAAGGUUUCAAGGCGAAAAAACAUACGAUUCAGUAAUUGAAGAUUUAGUGCAAAACUACAGCUUUGUCUCUGUUCAUCAAAACAACUCAUAUGCACUUUAAAUGGUCAGGUAGCUCUGAGCAUUGUCCAAGCAAGAGUGGUGGCUGAGUGAUCUCUUUGCUAGAUAAGGGAAUGCUUGACAUAAGGACCUAACUAUCUGAAUGAGGUCAGCAGCGUCUAAAGCUUACUGAGAUCAAAGUUUAUGAAUUACAGCAAAUUGUACUGCUAGAAACGAAAAAACAUUUGAUUAAGGGGUUUGUAAUGGUAAUUUUUCAUCCACGUAUGUCAUUUAUUGGAAAAUUGUGUAAAUUUACAUUGUGGUACAUUAUUUUUACUACCAUUACAGAGCAUUUUGCAUGCUGUGCAUUUUAAGUGAAAUAACAUUCCAGUUUAUUUUUUAAGAUAUAAAAUUGUUUUCUAUACACAAUUUGAUUCUCUGUUCUUACUGUUUCAAAUUCUUCACCCAUACCUUUUCCCUGAAACUGUUUUUUACCCAUUAUAAUUCACUCUAUACUUUAUGUUCUUCCUCCCUCCCCUUUCCCACCUGCCAUUUCUUAAUCCAUGUCACUGCCAUAUGUGAAGGUACCAAAUUAUAUCCAAUUCCUUCCUCAUAAAAUUGCUCUGGAAAAUUUCACAUAGCUAGACAAGAAUAAUUUAACUCAGAAAAAAUCUCAAAGUUGAUGUGCAGAGGAUAUUCUAAAUUCCAAAUGGUAGUUGUGGUUUUUUUUUAGGACUCCCUAAAAGAGGCCAAUUCCUGAUAACUUCUGAGUUUUCUAAUAUGAUUUGAUUGAGAUCAUACCUAUUCUUAAAUAAUAAUUGAAGGCCUACAUUUCUUAUUUUCAGUGCUGUUUUGCACCGAUGUUUUAAAGUUUGUUUCAGCAAAAUUUGACAUGCAGAAGUACAGCAUAUCAAGCAAUUGGAGUAUUUCUGUGCAAUAAGGAAAUGUAUGACAUCUCUGGACCUUUUUCCUUUUAAACUAGAGUCAAAUUUGAAUUUGAAAACCAGGGAAUUUGGGCGUCUUAAAAUAAGAUAUCUUAUUCAGGUCCCCCCUGAAAAUACUACUUCUUCCUUUAAGUCUUGUCCUGAUCCGUAGCAUUGGAAUAUUUAAACAUAUAAAUCUCAGUAUUUUCAAGGGAAAUAGCUUCUGUAGUAGAAUAGUUGCAAGAAUAAUGUUCAGCAGAGAAGAGGGCUGUCAAGGCCCAUGACUCCUCUUUGUACUCAGCUGAACUCUGGGAACUACCAGGUGAAGUAGACUUAUUUCCAGCUUUGGCUGAGAAUGGAUCUCUAAUCAGGUCCCAAACUAGGUAAGGUGGUACAUUUUUCAGACCAUGGCAGAGGGAGGGAGGAUGAGGGAUGGAGACUUAUUUUUAAGUGGACCACAUUGGUGGCCAGUAGUAUCCAAUUCCAAAGAGGACGAUUCCUGGACAGAUAGAGGAAACUGAGCUAGGAUCAGAUUGGAAAAUUCCCCCGUAAAAGUUAAUCUCUGCAUCCAUCAUCCACUCCCCCCCCCAUAAUCCAGAAUAACAAAAUGGCAUAAGACUUGGAGUGUAUGAUUUUAGUGCUACCUUAAUUACCCUAUAAUUUAGAUAAUGCUCUUUGCUAAAAUUGUACCAUCUAAAGGAAAUGACUUACGUCUUAAAUCUGAUAACUUUUUGAGAUAGAAUGCUGUUAACUACAGAAACUUGCACAGGCAUUUGGAAUUUAUACUGUCUUUCUCAGAUUGUAUUUGUCAUAUGAUGACCCCCAGUUUGCCAAACUGUCAGGAGUCAGUGAAGCAAAGAAUUGAAGGUAAAUUUUGAUUCAAAGGUUGUCUCUCCUGAAUCCCUCAUCCCUGUCUCUGGAAUGGAACUUCAGAAGGUAUCUAUAUAGGAAAUUGGUCUUGCAGCCUUUAUAUUUGCAUUUAAGUUUACUGACAUUCCUACACUUGGUUUAUGGAAAAAGAAAAAUUUUGUUUCUAUUAAUUGUAUUUCAGUUGUCUGAUUUUGCUGGCCGAUUAAGAUGGUCCUGGCCCCUCACGAUGCUUUUUUCCUUAAUGUCUAAUGUAAAUAAGAACAGUUCACUUGUUUGUUUGGGACUUUCCUCCCUGAUAAAUAAAUGUUUUUUAAAUAUAAA